CCCAAGUCAGCUUGCUUUAGUCACACAGACCAAACACCGACUACAAUGAAGGCUGUGGUGUUGCUUGUUCUGUUGGCGAUAUCGUUUGUCCUGUUGUCGGGGGCUCCGAGGGAUGGUUUGACCUUAUUACAGGAGCUCGGGGUGUGUCAGGACGUGUGUAGUCCCGACCCAGCUGAUACGUCACUUCCUAAAUGUGGCCCUGGGAUGAUGUGUACCAACAUACCCGGAUGUGGUCACACCUGCAUGGUCUACAACUGGAUCCUGUUGUCGGCGGCUCCGAGGGACCUUUUGACCUUAUUACAGGAGCUCGGGGUCUGUCACGACACGUGUAGUCCCGACCCAGCUGAUACGUCACUUCCUAAAUGUGUCGCUGGCAUGCAGUGCACGUACACUCCGGACUGCGGGCACAGUUGUACCUACAUCAGCUGGGUGUUUGGAUGAUUGUAUUAGCAACUGAUUCAAGAUCAUAGACAGGUUUUGAAAUCCAUGUUCGACUAUUUGUGAACAAAACCUUCAGCUAUAAACAAGAAUAACUCUAAAUUAAACUCGAUUUUAAUGGAGAAAGAUUUUGUUGUUCA